UCACACGAUGCUGGGUGAAAACGCGGAUGGCCUGGGCCCCACCCUAGAAUCUCAGAGUCCGAAUACCUAACUACGGAUGUGGCUCUGAAGACUGCGCUUUCCACCAGUACGCCAGGUGGCUCCGUCUUUGGCGCGCAAGUUUGAGAGCCGUGGGGCCCCGCCCUCCGCCAAGGUGGGCGUGGGUGGCGUAGCAGAGCCCCAAGCUCAGGCCGCCUGCGCAGGCUAGGACUGGAGGCACGCAACCCUGAGGCUGCGAGUCGCCAAGUCUCGUGUGCGCCCCGCAACGCGGGAACUAGGCGAACGCUCCACGCUCCUCCCCUCCUUUCCCCUCCCGCAGCGUCCUGCGCGCAUGCGCUUCGCAGCUUCUCUCGCCGCCGCGCCCCUAGCUGCUCUGGUUACAGUUGGUGUUUGCGAAUUCUCUGCAGCGCCUUCUUCGCGGAACUCCACCGUCAGUUCCAUAAGCGCGCGCCCGCGUCACGUGGGCCGAGGUUCCGUCGCGGCUGCUGGCCGGCGGCUGAGCCGGGAGAAAGGAGCUGCGGCCACCGUUCGCCCUACCUCUGCGCCUCGGGGCGGGCGCGCCGGUAAAAAUGGCGAAAUGGGGGUAGGCGGCGCUGGACCUGAAGAGAUGGGGCGCGCAGGUGGGGCGGUUGUCAGAGCCCCCUGACGUGGGCGCCGGGCUUUUAUCGGCGAUUUGAUCUGGCGACCUCGGGCCGGCGCCUAAGAGGUCAGACUGCGGAGCCUGCGGGUCGCCAACGGCCCCGCCGAGAGCCGGAGGCAAUGGAUGAACAGAGCGUGGAGAGCAUUGCUGAGGUUUUCCGAUGUUUCAUUUGUAUGGAGAAAUUGCGGGAUGCACGCCUGUGUCCUCAUUGCUCCAAGCUGUGUUGUUUCAGCUGUAUUAGGCGCUGGCUGACAGAGCAGAGAGCUCAAUGUCCUCAUUGCCGUGCUCCACUCCAGCUACGAGAACUAGUAAAUUGUCGUUGGGCAGAAGAAGUAACACAACAGCUUGAUACUCUUCAACUCUGCAGUCUCACCAAACAUGAAGAAAAUGAAAAGGACAAAUGUGAAAAUCACCAUGAAAAACUUAGUGUAUUUUGCUGGACUUGUAAGAAGUGUAUCUGCCAUCAGUGUGCACUUUGGGGAGGAAUGCAUGGCGGACAUACCUUUAAACCUUUGGCAGAAAUUUAUGAGCAACAUGUCACUAAAGUGAAUGAAGAGGUAGCCAAACUUCGUCGGCGUCUCAUGGAACUGAUCAGCUUAGUUCAAGAAGUGGAAAGGAACGUAGAAGCUGUAAGAAAUGCAAAAGAUGAGCGUGUUCGGGAAAUUAGGAAUGCAGUGGAGAUGAUGAUUGCACGGUUAGACACACAGCUGAAGAAUAAGCUUAUAACACUGAUGGGUCAGAAGACAUCUCUAACCCAAGAAACAGAGCUGUUGGAAUCCUUACUUCAGGAGGUGGAGCACCAGUUGCGGUCUUGUAGUAAGAGUGAGUUGAUAUCUAAGAGCUCAGAGAUCCUUAUGAUGUUUCAGCAAGUUCAUCGGAAGCCCAUGGCAUCUUUUGUUACCACUCCUGUUCCACCAGACUUUACCAGUGAAUUAGUGCCAUCUUACGAUUCAGCUACUUUUGUUUUAGAGAAUUUCAGCACUUUGCGUCAGAGAGCAGAUCCUGUUUACAGUCCACCUCUUCAAGUUUCAGGACUUUGCUGGAGGUUAAAAGUUUACCCAGAUGGAAAUGGAGUUGUGCGAGGUUACUACUUAUCUGUGUUUCUGGAGCUCUCAGCUGGCUUGCCUGAAACUUCUAAAUAUGAAUAUCGUGUAGAGAUGGUUCACCAGUCCUGUAAUGAUCCUACAAAAAAUAUCAUUCGAGAAUUUGCAUCUGACUUUGAAGUUGGAGAAUGCUGGGGCUAUAACAGAUUUUUCCGUUUGGACUUACUCGCAAAUGAAGGAUACUUGAAUCCACAAAAUGAUACAGUGAUUUUAAGGUUUCAGGUACGUUCACCAACUUUCUUUCAAAAAUCCCGGGACCAGCAUUGGUACAUUACUCAGUUGGAAGCUGCACAGACUAGUUAUAUCCAACAAAUAAACAACCUUAAAGAGAGACUUACUAUUGAGCUGUCUCGAACUCAGAAGUCAAGAGAUUUGUCACCACCAGAUAACCAUCUUAGCCCCCAAAAUGAUGAUGCUCUGGAGACACGAGCUAAGAAGUCUGCAUGCUCUGACAUGCUUCUCGAAGGUGGUCCUACUACAGCUUCUGUAAGAGAGGCCAAAGAGGAUGAAGAAGAUGAGGAGAAGAUUCAGAAUGAAGAUUAUCAUCACGAGCUUUCAGAUGGAGAUCUGGAUCUGGAUCUUGUUUAUGAGGAUGAAGUAAAUCAGCUCGAUGGCAGCAGUUCUUCUGCUAGUUCCACAGCAACAAGUAAUACAGAAGAAAAUGAUAUUGAUGAAGAAACUAUGUCUGGAGAAAAUGAUGUGGAAUAUAACAACAUGGAAUUAGAAGAGGGAGAACUCAUGGAAGAUGCAGCUGCUGCAGGACCCGCAGGUAGUAACCAUGGUUAUGUGGGUUCCAGUAGUAGAAUAUCAAGAAGAACACAUUUAUGCUCCGCUGCUACCAGUAGUUUACUAGACAUUGAUCCAUUAAUUUUAAUACAUUUGUUGGACCUUAAGGACCGGAGCAGUAUAGAAAAUUUGUGGGGCUUACAGCCUCGCCCACCUGCUUCACUUCUGCAGCCCACAGCAUCAUAUUCUCGAAAAGAUAAAGACCAAAGGAAGCAACAGGCAAUGUGGCGAGUGCCCUCUGAUUUAAAGAUGCUAAAAAGACUCAAAACUCAAAUGGCCGAAGUUCGAUGUAUGAAAACUGAUGUAAAGAAUACACUUUCAGAAAUAAAAAGCAGCAGUGCUGCUUCUGGAGACAUGCAGACAAGCCUUUUUUCUGCUGACCAGGCAGCUCUGGCUGUAUGUGGAACUGAAAACUCUGGCAGAUUGCAGGAUUUGGGAAUGGAACUCCUGGCAAAGUCAUCAGUUGCCAAUUGUUACAUACGAAACUCCACAAAUAAGAAGAGUAAUUCGCCCAAGCCAGGUCGAUCCAGUGUAGCAGGUAGUCUAUCACUUCGAAGAGCAGUGGACCCUGGAGAAAAUAGUCGUUCAAAGGGAGACUGUCAGACUCUGUCUGAAGGCUCCCCAGGAAGCUCUCAGUCUGGGAGCAGGCACAGUUCUCCCCGAGCCUUGAUACAUGGCAGUAUCGGUGAUAUUCUGCCAAAAACUGAAGACCGGCAGUGUAAAGCUUUGGAUUCAGAUGCUGUUGUGGUUGCAGUUUUCAGUGGCUUGCCUGCUGUUGAGAAAAGGAGGAAAAUGGUCACCUUGGGGGCUAAUGCUAAAGGAGGUCAUCUGGAAGGACUGCAGAUGACUGAUUUGGAAAAUAAUUCUGAAACUGGAGAGUUACAGCCUGUACUACCUGAAGGAGCUUCAGCUGCCCCUGAAGAAGUGGUUUCUUUUCAGAAACAUGUUCUCCUUCCUUCCUGCCAGGAAUGAGUAGCGACAGUGACAUUGAAUGUGACACUGAGAAUGAGGAGCAGGAAGAGCAUACCAGUGUGGGCGGGUUUCACGACUCCUUCAUGGUCAUGACACAGCCCCCGGAUGAAGAUACACAUUCCAGUUUUCCUGAUGGUGAACAAAUAGGCCCUGAAGAUCUCAGCUUCAAUACAGAUGAAAAUAGUGGAAGGUAAUUGCCAAAUCAAGAGAACUGACUUGCAAGCUACCUUGACCCUGAAUUUUGCUGUAGUUGGUGCUCAAAUUUGUCAUCAGUCAGAUAAUCAGAUUUGGUCUUAUUUUUUCAUUAUCUCGACCUGAAAUAGUAAUUUGGAAACUGUUGGAAGGUGGCACAGUUUAGUCUAAGACAGCAGUAGUACAUGGGAAAAACAGUAUGGGAAGAGUUCUUUGUAAUGUAAGGAAAUAACAAUGUCGUUCUCUAUUAAUUUAGCAAAUUUGUACAUUCACAAAAGGCAGUUUGUCUACUACAGCAGAAGGCUGGUUAACUGCCAGAAAAUGUACCUCCAGGCCCUGCAUGCCGUCAGUAACCCGCCCGGCAUUGGUGCUCUACUGUCUUUGGCUAGAGCUUAGUUGUGUUUAAAUAAUCAUCUUUAUAUUUGGGGUUUUAAUUACAGUUCCAUUAGUGCCUGUAGAUUAGUGAACAGAAAACUGCUUUUGAAGAGAUUCUGCCCUGUAGACACUAUGUGAAUAACUGAAGUAACACUAGACUGAAUCUCCUUUUUGGAGUAUGUAUCUUCUCUCACUUGUUCAAGUACAGGCACACUGUUUAACCGCAUGGUAUCUUUCUGUUGUGUGACUUCUACAAAUGUAAUUUUAAAUGAAAUUAAGUUAACAUGGAUUCAUUACGUUCCUGGUCCUGUAGACACAUGUAAGAUUAUUUAAAAUUCUUUCAUUUUUUUCUGCCUCUUACUAUACGACUGUAGUGCAACAAAUAUUUUAAAGCCCCCUUUUCUUCUUUAUUUUCAUUAGUUGUACAUUGAUUUCAGUGUCAACACAUUUAAAGAUUCAUUCAUGUUGCACAGUGGCUUACAUGAACGUGAAACUGUGAUAUAAGGUUUUCUUUCAUACUCAUAAUUAGCCCAAAACAGUUGCCAAACUUUGCCAUUGUGCUCCUGCAUUUGUGUUUGAGCUGCUAUAUAUUUGUGGAAAUUACACUGAAAGUUGACUAAGAGACUAUUGAAAAAGCAUGAAUAAUUAAAUAUACAUGUGAGAGACAUCUCAUCUGCUGUAUUUUACUUAGUGAAUAUUGUUCACUCUUCCGUGUCUGAUGUCUUGCUGAAUGCUGUGACUCAUAGUUUACUUUUGUUCAAAAUAGUUUGCACUUUUUGUUAAUAAAAUCAACUUGAGAAAA